CAACGGUAUAAAUCGUCGAAAAAGAAGAACGAACAAACCGUCUCGAGCUCUGAUGACCUAGGAAUGCGAUUCUAGAUUCAUAAUGGAAAGCGGAGGGACAGACAACGAUCUAAGCAAUCCUUUAUUUGAGAAAGAUUUAUUUGGUGAUUCAGGAGCAGAUAAUGGAAUGAAUGAUGAUAAUUUAAUGGGUGAUUUAAAUUUUGGUGGAGAUGCUGGCUUAGAUCCUCCAUUUCAAAAAGAGCUUGAAAACUUUUUGGAGGCCACUGGCUUUGAAGAAACAAUUGAUCCACCAUUAGCAAUUCCGUCAGGCGAGGAAAGUAAUCAAGCUUUAAGUACGUCACAGACAGAAGAACCCAUGCAGACAGAAAGUACUGAAGAUGUUUCAAGUGCUGGCAAUAACGGAGAGCAUAACACUGAAACAAAUGAAGAUGCUGCACACAUAUCAGAUGUUGCAGACGACAACAUGGAAAGUGAAGAAAAUGAAAAAAAAGCAAUGACAACAGAGGAAGCUGUCAAGGUAGUAGAAUCCGAAAAUAAAAUGGAAUCUGAAGAAAAGGAGGGAAAGGAGGUGGGAAAGAAUGAAGAAAAAUCUAAAGCACAAGAUGAAACCAAGGACUGUGAGAAUGAGAAAAUGGAGGAUGAUAGCAAAACUAAUUCCAAUUCGGAGGAAAAAGAGAAUGAAGGGAAGAAAGAAAUAAAUUCAGGGAAGUCGGAUGAAAAUGAUGGAAAGGAAGAAAAGGAGGAAGAAAAGGAAGAAGAGAAUAAGGAAAAAAUUGAAGAGGACAAAGGAAGUAAUAAAGAGAAGCAAGAAACAAAUGAAGAUAAGGAAGAAUGUAAGGAGGAGGAUGCCAACAAGCAAGAUGAUUCAAAAGAUGAGAAAGAUGAUAAAUCAGAUGAUACAAAGACAAAGAAGGGUAAAGAUGACAAGAAAUCGGAUAAAGUUCCAAAAGAGCUUGCACAUCAUUGGAGAGCCGUAAACAAAAACCCAACAGAUUUUACAUCAUGGAGUUACCUUCUGCAUUAUGUCGAGACUGAGGGCCAUCUUCCAUCGGCCAGGAAAGCAUUUGAAGAAUUCUUUAGUCGAUAUCCGUAUUGCUAUGGGUACUGGAAGAAGUACGCCGAUCUGGAGAAGAAAAAUGGAAAUAUGGACAUGGCAAAGGAGGUAUUUCUGCAAAGUUUGAAGGCCAUUCCAUUAAGUGUGGAAUUGUGGAUUCAUUUUAUUAACUUCACGAUGCAAGCUACAAAAGAUGAAGAUGAUCGUGUAGACACUAUCAGAAAGUUGUUUGAACAAGCUAUUGAAGCUGCAGGGACAGACUUUAAGUCUGACAAGUUAUGGGAUAUGUAUAUAAAAUUUGAGAAGGAACAGAAAGACUGGAAACGGCUGACACACAUUUACGAUCGAUUAAUUAGGAUUCCCACUCAACUCUACAGUCACCAUUUUGAAAAAUUCAAGAAGCAUUUGAACAGCCAACCAAUCAAGGAGGUUCUCUCAGACGCUGAGUAUGAAAAAUUGCGAUCGGAAUUCCUUGAGGAUAUUGAAGCUGAGCUAGAGGCAUCCCUGAAGGAAGAGGAUGCAGAUGUACCAGGUGGAGACGUUGCUCCGCCGGGACUUGACGAUGGGCCACCAGGAUUAAGUGAUGAACCCCCUGGGGUUUCUGAUGCAUCCACUGGAGAACAACCCAAGAAAACUACAGGCGCCUCAUACAUUAAACAGAUGAAAAAUGAAACUGAUCAGAUUAAGGAGAAAGUGUUGGCAUCUCGCAAUGCUAUUCACCAAGAAACAGAACAGGAAGUUAGCAAAAGAUGGGCUUUUGAAGAAGCUAUUAAAAGGCCUUAUUUCCAUGUGAAACCUUUGGAGAAACAGCAACUUAAAAACUGGAUUGAGUAUCUAGAUUUUGAAAUUGCAGAAGGCAUGUUGGAACGAGUUGUGAUACUGUUUGAGAGGUGCCUAAUAGCUUGUGCUCUCUAUGAAGACCUUUGGCUUAAGUAUGCGAAGUUUAUGGAACCACAUAGCAGUGAAGCAGUGCGUUCUGUUUAUACAAGAGCUUGUACAAUCCAUCUGCCUGCUAAACUAAACAUUGUAUCACACUGGGCUGCAUUUGAGGAAACACAAGGUGACUUUGAAAAGGCCAGAGAGAUUCUAGAAGAUCUUGAGAAACGUAAUGCAAAAUCCUCACUUAUCACCUUACGACGGAUCAACUUUGAGAGAAGGGUCAAAUGCCAUGAUAAAGCUCUUGAAGUUUUUAAAGGAGCUCUGGAAAGUUCUGACAAGAACAAGAUGAUGUUCAAUUUCUAUAGCUGCAAACUUGCUAGAUAUCACUACAAGAUCUUAGGAGAGUUUGAUAAAGCCAAAGAAGUUUUAAAUGAAGCACUGCUGAAAGAUAAGGACAAUCCAGAGUUAUAUCUGCAGCUUCUGGACCUGGAGUUCCAGAGGUCACCUCCCAAUGCUGAAAAUGUAAUGCAGCUCUUCCAGCAAGCUCAGAAAUCUGGUCUGGAUGCUGAUACAAAGUUCCUAUUCUCACAAAGACGACUGGAGUUUUUGAUAGACUUUGGAGAUGAUGUGAACCAGUUAAUGCAAGUGAUUGCUGAGAACCAGAAGAUGGCAAAAUCCCACCAGUCAGCAUUGAAGAAAAGAGCAGCAUCAGCAGCAAGUACUACAGAAGAUGCGACGCCACCUGAAAAGAAAGCGAAAACUGAAGCCAAGGCUGCUGGGCCCGUGGAUAACAGAGCUGAUACGACCUCAGGCCAGCAGCAGCAACAUACUCCACAGCAGUACCAGCAACAGCAGAUGCAACAGGGCAGGCCACCCCCACCACAGAUGAUGCAACAACACCCUGGACCAUACAACCAGCCAGGCUAUAAUUAUGGAGCUUGGAACCAGUAUAACCAGCCACCGCAUAAUGCCUACAACUAUCAGCAGUGGGGUGGCUAUAACCAAGGUUAUUACUAGGUCAGUGUCCUGAACAGAAGUAUGAUCGGAGGUCGACAUGGCAAAUAAGGACAUCUUUAAACCUCAUUCAUCACAUAUUUGACUUCUUUUCAAAUCAGGCCAUUAUUGUUUACUAUGAUUUUACAUCAUUUUCCAAUAAGUGCAUAUUUGCAUUAAAGUAUGGUUUCCAUAAAAUCGCUACACGCUUUUGCCAACGGUGAUUGGUCUGUCGAAUUGAGCAUUCCCGAUUGCAUCAGGGACAUCUACGCAGUGCAACGAUUGCACUAACAAUGCUGUAAUGACAGUGUAGCAAUUUUAAGGAAGCUUAAUGUGUGGUCUAUUUACUAGUAUGAGGCUUCACAUAUUUGUAGUGGACCUGUAGAUUGGUGGUGGUUAAGAUGUUCACCCAC